GAAGAACCAGGAACAAUCUCCGACGACGACGACGACGACGAUUGGGACGAAGAAAAAACAUUGGUCGCAUUUUUACACGAUAGGGGUAUCGAGGAUAGUGAGUCCCCAGCACCUUCCGCGCUUGUCGACAAGCUUGGACCCGCCUUUGCGAGGUCCUCGAAGAGAGCCAAGCAAGACGUUGUGGACAGCCUCCUUCCUGCGAUGCGCCGCAUACGCACAGUACACGAAAAAUUGAGUGAGGAUACGGACCGCGGCAUCGCGGCUGGUGUGCUUGAGAUCGACAACGCGUGUAAACACUUUGAAGAAGUGCAACUGCAGAGGGAAGAGGAGCUGUCGCGCGCGCUCUCCGAGACUCAGGUAAGGCUCAAGAAGCUCUUCAGUGACCUUCAGAAAAGGUACAAGCUCCGCGAGCAGCUACGGAUCGAUUUUGAU